CCACUCAGACCAGUUGUUGUUUCUCUCAAUGUGCCUAAAAUGCUUAUUUGCACUGCAAGGCGCACACUAGUGCUUCAGCUAAAGAUGAAACAGCCAACUGUAGCCUGGGUCUGCGAUUUGAGUUUGAGUCUAAACGUCGAUUUGCAUGGGCUAUGCGACAAACACAUUUCCUACUUGAAGCUGCUUUUUGUCUGUUUUAGCUGUUCCCUCAAUGGCGGCUUAAUACUUGGCCCUUGGUGUUGCUGGAGUACUGGUGGCGAUUCAGGUUGCAAAACAGACGCCGCCGCAGGUUUAUUUAGUGCGCGUGCGCAUGUGCACCGGCCAUCGGCCAUCAGCCUUCAGCGCGAAGGGAAACAGAGGAACGACAGAGGAAACGACGUCAACGAUGUACUAGCCGCGGCACUGGCAAAUGAAUGCUUGAAAUGCUUAGGCCCGGUUGGGAUUACUGGCGUCCAAACAUCGGUAUACUUCAAAGAGUUGCCAACGUUUGAUGCUUACAUCACCAUAGUAACUAUGUAGAUAUGUAUAGAUGUUAACAGGC